UUGUAAUUCUGAGAACGACUUAUUUUUCACUCCCCAUAAAAUCCAGGGUAAGUUAUUUUUUGUUUAUAAUAUUUUUUUUCUGUCACGCUGAAGUCAAUAAGGCAGAGCUCUAGAUAGGGGAAAACAGCGACCAAAACAGAGGUCUUCAAUGUCCAUGAAAGCAACUUCUGACGACAAGGAAAUUGAUGAUGAAUGUUGGCAGCAUGUAGAACAUGAAUACGAUUUCCAUUCUGCUUUUGCAAGGUUCUAUAAGAGACAUGCGGAAGAUGUUCAUAAAGAUCAACAAUGAAGAAAUGAGAUUGAGAGGGCAAUGUUGCACUUGUGAGAGCAAUGAGCAACAAGCUGAGUGGCGUUACCUUGGGAGAUCAAAUUUUCCAGUGAACCAGUCAGCCUCUUCUAGGACAAUGGUUGGCAAUGAUAUUGGAAUAACUAGUGAUGUCUCUUCAGAUAAAACAACACCAUCAAGAGAAGAACUCCUAAGCAUAGUACGUAAGCACUCUAUGAAUUUGGGACAAUCUGAAUCUGAUGAGACAGUUGUGGAUAUGCGGUUUUGGCGUGAAAUGUUUGAUAUGUUUUUUAUUCGUGGUAUGAGUGCAUCAAAAUCUCGCCAAGAUGAUGAUAUAAUCUUCUUUGUGCGCUAUACAAGCUUGCAUCAUGAACACGGAUCAUACAAUAAUAUACAAAGGAGCCCACCAUACUUUGUGCGCAGGUGGAGUCCAGAGCUUGAUAAAGUGGUUGGAGAAAAUGAAUUGGAAGUUGACUGGCACCGCUCAUUUUACCUUAAUUUAAUUGCUCACACCUCGUUCAAAGUUACCGUUGCAAUCUGCAGUAUUCAGGCCCUAGAGAGUUAUCAAAAAACACCAGCAGCAGCACUAACACCCAUUUACAAGGUCACAAAGACAGUAUAUGCGUCACCAAGUCGUGUUAACUUUCAGUUGGAUUCUAAGAAGGCUGUCGAAACAAUUCCAGCAUACCCAGAUAUUUGUUUUGCUGUUGAUGACUUUGACGAUACAUUUGAUGCAGUGGUCCUCACAGAAAGAGAUCAUUGUUACUGUGUGAUCCUAAAUGCAGAUGGUGGAGCAGCAUUUCCUCUAGAUAAUUUUACUCUGGAAUUUAGCUCUGGCCAAAGUUCAAAUGUUGGACAGAUUGGUGAAUCUCCAAAUACUUCAGGUUCUAAGGUGACAUUAUUUUCGGGAUUUGUCAGCUAUAAGAUGGUCCGUGAAGCUUAUGAAUCUGGACACUCAAAAUUAGGUGGCCUUCUUUUUACUGGAAACUCCCAUACAAAGAGUGAAAGACUAUUCAUGCGAGGACCUGGAGAAUGUGGUGAAGUUGAAGUUGCUGUUUCUGCUGUUAUAGAUCAAAGUGAACAGGAGACUGGGCCUUUGUCACCAGUUCAGAUAUCAAAAGGGAGUUUCAAAAUGGGUAUAGGAACUAUUUUUCGUGUCGCAAAGCAAGCCUAUGUUGCUGCAGCAGCUGCUAAGAAACCAGAAACCGAAAUGUUGCCUUUAAGAUGUUGUCUGAUGUCAAUUUCUCUUCCAUGGGAGACUCUUGCUCGUGAUCUAUUAUUUAAGAGUUUGUCAAAAAGAGACAUUUAAUGUAAAUUCUAUACAUGUGGAGCUCGUAUUUACAAUUAUUUGGACGUUCAAAAAUUGGUGUACAUCUCUACUGCAAGUUGCAGAUGCAAUCAUACAGAUGGAAUGUAGGGAGUUGGGAGUCGUCUGCUGAAAAUAAUGUUUAUCAAGUAUCCAGUCUUAACUUAUUGCCACUAUUUAUGCACACAUUUUGCUGAGAUCAGAAUGGGAGUAACGCAGUUCGUUCUUUUUUCAGCAAGCAACUUAUUCCAGCUUUUGUGUUUUAUAUGUGUACUCAGUGAUAUGUACAAUUGUGAUACCUGUAGAAGAUGUUGUGAUGAAAUUUGUAAUCACAGUACCCUUGUAUUUUAAGUUAUAUAAGUUAUUCAUUUAUUUUAA